AUGGCUGGUUACCCAACAGGAGAGGAAGCAGCUUUGCUGCUGCAGGCUAUCAUGGAUAUACAUGGCAAUACUCUUAUACAAAGACAUAUUAUAGGGAAGAGCGUAGAAGGAAGACCAAUCCAUGCAUAUAGAGUUGGUGGUCUCCUUAGGUUACAAUAUGAGCAGCAAAAACAGCAACAGCAGCAGCAGCAGCAGCAGCAGCAGCAGCAGCAGCAGCAGCAGCAGCAGCGGAGGGAUUUUCCUGCUAUGUUAGUAACAGGUUUACAUCAUUCCCGUGAACCUCUUAGAGAUGCUGCUGCAGUAUAUUUGUUGUUAGCAAGAGAGUUCUGGUUUGUCCCCAUCAUCAAUCCUGAUGGUUAUGCAGCAAUAGAGACAACAGGUAACACGAGUAUCCGUAAGAAUCGUCGUCCUCCUCCUCGUCUUCCUCUUCCUCUUCCUCCUCCUCCUCCUCCUUCUCCUCCUCCUUCUCCUCCUCCUCCUCCUCCUCCUUCUCCUCCUCCUCCUUCUUCUUCUUCUUCUUCUUCUUCUUUGUCCUUUUUUCCUUCUUCUUAUCAUGACUAUGGUGUUGAUCUUAAUAGAAAUUAUCCAUUCAAAUUCAAAUCUAUUGGUGAGGUACCUGAGGAGUAUGGUGGUCCUUAUCCAUUUAGUGAGCCAGAGACACAAGCCAUCAAAUGUCUUGUUGAAAGAUAUGAACAGCAGCAGCAGCAGCAGCAGCAGCAGCAGCAGCAGCAGCAGCAGCAGCAGCAGCAACAGGAGCAGCAGGAUAAAACUACUACAACAACAACCACCACCCAUGAUGAUAAUCAUCAUGACCAUCAUCAGCACCACCAGGAGCAUCAGCAGCACCAUCAGCAGCAUCAGCAGCAGCAUCAGCAGCAUCAGCAGCAGCAGCAGCAGCAGGAGGAGUCGUGUCCUGGUUAUAUAGCAACAGGAGAGGCAGAUGAUUGGUUAUUAGCACAUAAAAAUAUUAUUGCUAUUAGCCCAGAGAUAGGGGACGAGGAAGGACAAUUCUGGCAACCUGCUGCACUGCAGCAGCUUACUGCUGCAGCAGCAGCAGGUACUGCAGCAGCAGCAGCAGGUAGUUCAGCAGCAGCAGCAGGUAGUACAGUAAUUGGAGGAGGAGAAGGAACAACAGCAACAAAUAGUUAUUAUCCUCAGCUACAAGCAGUAGCAGAUAAGGGAGGAGAUGAAUAUGCAUGCAGAAUUAAGCAUAAAAUACAUGAUAAUAUUAUUAUACAUAAUAUGUUUAUGCAUGUACAAUAUAACAGACAGUUCCUGCAGCACCUGCAGCAGCAGCACCUGCAGCAGCAGCACCUGCAGCAGCAGCAGCAGCAGCAGCAGCAGGUAGUAAUGCAGCAGCAGAAACAGCACCAGGUAAUAAUGCAGCAAAAGCAAGGACUGCAGCAGCAACAACAGAAGAAGCACGAACAGGAACAGGAUAUACAACAACAGUCAGGGACACAGCACAAAGAACAACAACAGCAGCAGCAACAGCAGCAGCAUCAGCAGCAACAGCAACAGCAGCAACAACAUAAGGAACCUGAUAUUGUAGAAGAUCCAGAGAUGUGGGAGAUGCGUACACUGGAGAUAAGCAACAACGGGUUGACUGGCCCUGCAAGUAGUCUACAGCUAUUAGCAGUAUCUGGUUCUUUGCUGCCUGUCUCCUUGCUGCCUAGUAAGACACAGGGUCUCCUUGCUGCAGCAGCAGAUGCAGCACUGCCGCUGCUGCAGUGCAGCACGAAUCCACGAUUUGCUGGCAGCAGAAUUAAGUAUGACUUUGGUGGUACUUAUAGGAGACUACAAAAGGGACACAAUCUUAUUAAUAACAGCAGCAGCAGCAGAUCCCUGCAGCAGCAGCAAGGGCAAGAGCAAGAGCAAGAGCAAGAGCAAGGGAAAGAGCAGCAAGAGCAGCAGCAGCAGCAGCAGCAGCAAUUGGAUGAUGAAAAUAUCCGUGCUGCUGCUGCACUGCAGCAGGCACAAGAAGCUCUUGCUGCCUUUGAGGGAGGCCGUAUUGGAGAGAAAACAGCAGCAGCAGCAGCAGCAGCAACAGCAGCAGCAGACGCAGGAAGAAAGGGUGCAGCUUCUCCCGUUGGCAAUUCAGGGAAGCCAGAGGAGACACCAGCAGCAACAGCAGCAGCAACAGCAGCAGCAACAGCAGCAGCACGUACGAUUGUAGAUGCAGCAGCAAAGGGAUUAAUGGUAACAGCAGAGGAGACAGCAACAACAGAGGAGACAGCAGCAGCAGCAGCAGCAGGAGAAGAUAAUUUGCUGCUGCUGCUGUCUGAGGGGGGACAAAGGAGACACCCAUCUAAGCCUAUGCCCUUUGGAUCACAAACCUCACUACCCCUUGCGUUGCUGCGUGUUCCUUUCUUAGAGGGGAGAGAAAAGCCUAGCGGGUUUGUUAGUUCCUUUCGUUACCAAUUUGCUACCCGAUUGUCUCCUGAGCAGCAGCUGCAGCAGCAGCAACAGCAGCAGCAGCAGCAACUGCAGCAGCAGCCACCAGAAGGUGCUGCUGUUGCUGUCUGUCUACUUCAGCUAGUACCACAGGAAGUAUUGUAUACAUUUGCAUUAAAUGAUUGGAUAUGCCAUUGUGGUUCAACAAAAGAAAAAAAAGAAAAUAAAUACAACUUAUCUUCUUAUGCAUGGACUAAUCUUACGCUGUAUGCGGAGACACCGGAGACACAUCCGCUUUGUCUUGAUGCCUCUGCUGCUGCAACGGAGUGGUACCAGCAGCAGCAGCAGCAACAGCAGCAGCAACAGCAGCAGCAGCAGCUGCUUGUGCCGAGACGGCAGCAGCAAGGGCGAUUAAAAGCAGCAGCAGCAGCAGCAGCAGCAGGAGGUGUCUCCUUGGAUAUUAAUGAUCCCUUACUUCAUCACGAAGCAUUAGGCGAAGAUCCAUUAGUAUUAUCUAGUUUGCUGCUGCUGCAUUUGCUGCUGCUGACGAUUGCUGCUCGCUUCUGUAUAUUAGCACAGUAA